AAGACAGAAAUCUUCAUACGUAAUAAUGUAUAAGACUAUGACAUUAAUGUACUGCUCAAGUAUACUUUCUUCGCCAGCAGAUGGAGGAAGUGCUAGGACUUUUUACACAGAAUACUUCUAUUUGAAAAUUUGAGCUAACUCACAUUGAAUACAUUAUAAUAAGUUAUGAGGCUCUAUUAGGUUGCAUUUUAUUUUCUUGGGCCAAGUAAUAUUUACAGAGAGAAUUAUAUUAAACUGCUUUUUUAAAUUGGGGGAUCAGGAUUUGUAAAUUUCCAUAAUGUGAAUGGGUAAAAAUAUCAAGAUAUAAAUAUUUUGCAUAAUUAUGUUUGACUUAUAAUCCUAUCUGCUCCUUAAAGUAUAGUGGUUUGUUUGUAAUAGUAUGACAGAACGAAGUGCCUCUAAUAAUAAUAGUAAUUCAAUUACUGUUAUUCAAAAGACGCUAAUGUAAAAUAUAUAGUCAUCAUGUACAUGUGUCAUGGAUAAAAAAUGUAUUUUAGUAAUAGCUGCUGCACUAUGUACCUCAGGGCCAAGGUUUGUCUCAGGUGUGAUGUCAUCUGUUCUGGAAGAAGCAUGGAAUGAAGCUACAUCAGACCUCCCUAAAGAGGUAACAGAUGAUUGGUGGACCAAGAUAUUGGAGAAGUACAGUGAAGAUGGAAGGAGUUAUCACAAUAUUCAGCACUUGGAAGAAAAGUUUGAAGAAUUUAAAACAGUUAAACAUAUUUUGAAAAAUGUAAAUGCAGUGACACUGGCUAUCUUCUUCCACCAUUAUGAAUAUGAUCCCAAAGAAGUGGAUUGUGAGGAAAAAAAUUCUGGACAUUUCAAUAAAUUUGCUGACCAGAGUGGCAUCCCUAAUGAGAGCCCUCUUCGCAGUGCAGUUGUGGACCUUCUCUGUGCAGCUGCCACACACAGUACAGAUGCACACAAGACAGAUGGAAUGUAUGGCAGUGAGGAUCUGCAUUUCUUUUUAGACAUUGACAUGGCAGUUCUGGGGUCCAGUCCAGAGCAGUACUCUGAUUACACAGCUAAAGUUCAGAAGGAAUAUACCUUCUUACCAGAGACUAUGUACAGAAGCCUCAGACUUAAGGUACUUCAGAGUUUUUUACAAAUCCCAAACAUAUUUGCCAGCAAAGAAUUUCGAGAAAAGUUUGAAACUAAAGCAAGAGCCAACAUACAGAAAGAAGUGGACUCUUUGAAACAUUGAAUUGAACAGUAACAUUGCCAUUUCUUGUGAGAUAUUCAUAAUGUUGUCUUUCACAGUUUUCAAAAACUUACGGUGUUAGCUGUAGUUUUUUAAGACAGAUUAAUUAUGCAACUUUAUAAUUAUUUCUUCAUCACAAUUAAAUUCCAUAAAUAUAGUGAUUAAAUUGCUUGAGAUUACUUAAGGUACUGUAUUAUUCAUAAAGAUACAAAAAUAGCAUAUUUUAGAGCUUGCUGAAAUGUUUUUAGUUUCUUGUAUUACCUAUCUUUGAUUGAGAAACAUUUACAUCAUCAUAUCCAGAUAUUUAAAUGUUGAUUGAACACAGUGAGAAAUUGUAUGUCGUAUUGAUUCUUCAGAAACUGCAAGCUACUGAGGAUGAAUCUGUGCUACAUAGCUGUGUUCAGUGAUACAAUGUAUCUUAUGUUAGUCUUACUGUUCCAGCUUUCAUGAUGUGGCCUUCUGAAUCUCAUUUUUCCAACUAAGGAAGGUAUUAUGUACAAUCUUGUAGUACAAGAGUAACUUUGAUCACUAGUGAGAAAUUUCCUUCUAGGGAAUCUCAUCCAUUAGUUCAAGCAUUUGAGAAACUGUUUAAUUAUCUGGAAAUGUAGGAUCAAAUUCUGCCUCAGCAGCAAUUUUUAACUCAAGUUCAAAGUUUUGUAUUUUUAACAUGAAAACAACACACAUGAGGAAGGAUUUAAGAAUUGUGACAACUUGUCUAUGCAAGAGUUUUUGAAUAGAAUAGAAAAUAACUUCACUAAUUCCAACAUAAAUAUUUAAAUAAUAGUGAUAAUAUAUAAAAGUUUUCAGCUAUUUCAUUACAAACCAAAGACAUAAUGAAUUGCAGGACAGUCAGAACUGAGACUUGAAUCCUAUUUUGAGGACAAAUUAUGAAUCCAAACUUGCCCACUGCAUGUAUUGCUGCUUUUGGAUAAUGAUAUUGUCUUUUGGUGGACUGGUUUGCCAAUUUCAUCAUUAAGUGACAAACAGAUGGUCCUGGCCUUCUUAUUUAUAGUAAUUGGAUGGUGGAAUAGUGCAAAUCAGAAACUGUGACUGGUGGAUCUGUAAAACUCUUAGCUGCCCAGAGAAAGAGUUUGAGCCUGGGAUUUAUGUUGUCCCACGUCAAAGUUACUGUUAACAUUUUCUCUGCAAAGAAAAUAAGUGUCUUUAUUUGUUUUAAUAAUUUUAUGAUAGUUUGUAAUUUUUAUUGAUGGAAAUCACAGAUAUUUGGCUUGAAGCAUUACAAGGUAGCAGAAGAAUUUUUCACUGUAUUCUCAGACAUUAAAGAAGUUCAGAGCAGAAAUAGCCAGUAUUUCUGUGUAGGAAAUGUUGUUCAUAGUACUGAAAGUGUUUGAAAUAUAUAAUUAGUCCAGCCUCUUGUUUUGAAAGUGAGAACAAUAUGUAUCUUUUAAACAAAAGUAUUGUGUCUGUUACAUGUCUAGUGAUUGAAGUACCUUAUAUAUUUUUUAACAUUCACAUUAAAAUGUUACUGAUAUUUUUUAAACAUAUUUAUUACGUCAUGAACACAAGUGUAGCAUGUUUUUUUCUUGAGAGACCAAAAAUUCCCAUAUUAAUUUUUAUUGAGUUACAUACAAUGGAAACUCAAAGUAAAAAAGCUAGCUCUGAUCAAAGAGAAGAACAUUGAUAUCCAACUCAAAGCCAUUCAUUAGUAGCCUGUUUUUGAUAAUACAGUGUUGUAGGAUUUGAGGUUUCCACAGCGGUGAGUCUGAAGAUUGCUGUCUUCAAUACAGUGUUGGCUUCAAACUGAGGUAGUAAAUGUUUACAACUGUAAGAAUUAUAUCUCAGAUAUGUUCAAUGUAAAACAGAGUUGUUGCUGCUGCUGCUUUAAGUACCAUGAUAAAUGAUAUAAUGAUAUGACUUGGUGCAUUACUUAUAGUGACAUCCUUAAUAGUUACCAUCACAAAAUUGUAAUUAUAAUUUAUUUAACUGUUAUACUGCAGCAUUGUGUUGCAAUAUGUAUGACAUUUGUGAUGUAUCUAUCCUAUUUGUGGCAUACCUGAUUGUGUUCAUUUUUAUAAUUUCACAAAGAGACAUUCCUUUUUAUUAGGAAAGGAAAGAAUCAGUCAUAUCUGGGCAAAAGUUAAGCAAAUGACUGUGUUCUCAUCUUUUAAUUAUUUUAUGUUUUAAGAUGAGUUUGUGGUGUCUACUGGUGUGUACUUGUAAAUUGGUAAACAUAAAUGUUGACAUUUAAUUGUUUAGUGUUUUGUUACAGUUUUGCAUGCUUCAAAUGCAAGAAUUAGGAAAAUUCAGAAUUGACAGCCAACAUAAGCCCUACCCAAGUCCUGACACAUAUACAAAAUACUGAUAGUCAGGUAUCUUAAAAGAGUAUGUAUGUAAUUCCAAGUAAAGCACAAUGUUACAUACAUAUCAGGCAGUUACCCUUUCUGUGGUCUGUCAGUGUCAUUACAGUUCUUUUACAGUGACAAAGAAUAGAGCUAAACAGUACAGGUAGGACUCGAUUUAUGCCGCUUCAAUUUACGCCUGCUUCACUUUUGCGCAAUGAUGUUAUAUCCUGUAAUCAUUUUUAUAAAGUUCUUAUAAAUCUGUGUAUUAAAUAUUGUCUUUUUCUGGGCUAAA